AUGUCCAUCUCCACUUCCACUUCCGCUUCCGAUUCCUACAUGCACGCAUCAUCCUCUCACUCCCAUGACGAAAUAGAUGAGCUUCACGAAUUAGACUCGCUGCCUUCUUCCAUCGACAGCUCCGAUUACGCCUCUUCAGACGACGGAGACGAAUCCGAUGCCCAGAAGGAAUGGGAAGCCAGUUUGCAGCAGUUGGAAAUGAUGCUUACGAUGGUGAUUGUGCCGUGGGUUGGGAAAUAUUUUGGGCGGAAAUUUGCUUACUGGAGUUGGGCGAAAUACAUGACAUGGAAGUUUCCAGUCACCGUCGAAAUCACAAGUAACCCCGCCUUCAAGGCUGCUGGAGCCAUCGAAGCCGCAGCCACAUUAUGA